CCACCACAGAGACCGAAUCCCACAUGUAAAAGCAAAGAGCCUUUAUUCUCUUCAAGCUCUGAGCUUGGUCCCUCUGUCUGUCCAAUGCAGUGGUGAGAGCAGAGAGCCCUGAACCCAGGGUGGGGUUUUUUAUCAUAGCAGUGGCUGGGGUGAGGGGGAUUUCCAGGGUUCAUGACCCUGAUUGCCUGACAAUUGUCUAGGGUAUCUCUAAAACAAAAACAGGUGUGUGCUAAACUCAGGGACAUCUGGCCACCUUAUCUAAUGGUUGGAAUGUUUGGGAUGUCAGGUAUUUCCUCAUCCCUGGGUGGAUCCCUAGGUGGUAUCAGCUUAAGGCUUUUCCUGGAUCUGGGUGUUGCCUGCCAGUAAGCCUGUCACAGAAGCUGUGUCUAGGCCCCUAAGCCUAUCAUGGUGGCUGUGUGGUCAAGCUGUUUGGGGGCCUCUCCACAAUAGAAAAUACAUACAUACAUACAUACAUACAUACAUACAUACAUACAUACAUACAGAAGAUGGACUCAUUAAUUCCUUUUGUUACCCUGGGGGCUCAAUGGAGGGAACGUAAAUCAUGAAAAGUGGAAUGGGUUAGUGUCGAUCUCCCAGAGGCGGAAAAGGGCUCUUGAGCAGUCUCGGGGCCACUUCCGCUUCCGUCAAAGGCUCUGCGCCUAGGAACCGACCAGGACCCCGCUGGACCACAGGGCGGAACAGCGUCCAGUGGCAGCCCGCCGGGCCGUUCCCAGGGCGCCCGCGUGUGUGGCCGUGGCGUGUGUGGCAGGCACGCUCUCCGUGAUGUGGUUUCCGUAGUAACCGCGCUGCUGGCGGUUUGAGGUCGGCCCAUGUCGCCUGUGUCCCGAUCCCGCCCUAGUGAGGACACUCUGGGCUCUCAGAAAGGCCGCCGUGGCUCGGGCAGCCCACCGUCGGUGUCCCAGCCUCGACGAUCCCCUCGGGGAGGCGGUGUCGGCCUCGCCCUGAGCGGGUGCGAGGGGCUCGGGCCUCCGCGGGCUCCAGAGGGGCCCCGCCCAGCGCACGCCGCCAGCCGCCCCCGGGCUGGAGAGCGGCCGCCGCCAGGGGUCUGCACGUUUGCCCCUUCGUCCUCCGCUUCCAUCUGUGGCGGGCACCGCUACCGCCACUAUGCGGGAGACCGUUUGUGGGCCGAGGACCAGGAGAAGGAAAAGGAGGAGAGCUAUAGGCAGAGGAGGCUGAAGGAAAGAGAGAGGAUUGGAGAGCUGGGAGCGCCCGAGGUGUGGGGGUUGUCGCCCAAGUUUCCUGAGCCAGAUUCCGAUGAACAUACAUCAGCUGAAGAGGAGGUGAAGAAUCUGAAGAGCAGCAGUUCAGAUUUCACCACGGAAGAAAAAAGGACCAAGACCAGCCAUUCGACAAAGAGAAAAAGGAAGAAAAGGCCCUCCAAAAGGAAACAUAGGAAGUAUUGUGAUAAUGACAGCAAUUCAGACUCUGACGUUUAUUCUAGCUCUGGUGGUGAUAAAAACAAAGCUAAAGCCAGGAGGAAAGAGAAGAAAAAGAAACACCGGGCAAAACAACUCAAGAAGAAGAGGAGGACUGAAAAGGAAUACGGUGACGUAAGCUGCAAAGCUCUAGAAAGGGAAUUACCAGAAGACGCGUGGAUGGAGCAGUCGAUGAGUGCAGAUGCCAUGGAUUUAAUAGGCCCAGAAGCACCUGUGAUACAUACCUCGCAAGAUGAGAAACCUUUGAAUUAUGGCCACGCUCUGCUUCCAGGUGAAGGUGCAGCUAUGGCUGAAUAUGUAAAGGCUGGAAAGCGUAUCCCACGAAGGGGUGAAAUUGGGUUGACGAGUGAAGAGAUUGCCUCAUUUGAAUGUUCAGGUUACGUCAUGAGUGGUAGCAGGCAUCGCCGCAUGGAGGCUGUGAGACUGCGCAAAGAGAACCAGAUUUACAGUGCGGAUGAGAAAAGAGCCCUUGCAUCCUUUAACCAGGAGGAGAGGCGGAAGAGAGAGAACAAGAUCCUAGCCAGCUUUCGAGAAAUGGUGUACAGAAAGACCAAAGGGAAAGAUGACAAGUGAGAACUUGUUGGUUGCAAUGCAGGACUUUUAAUAACAAAGGUUUUGUAUGACCAAAAUAAUAGUAAAUGACUUUACCAUUUACCAGUGAUAUUGUACUUACUGUGUUACUAAGUACCCUAGAAAAACACUUUUUGAGAUGUCAUUAGAAAUUUUUACAAACGUUGCAGGAAAUGAGUAAAAAGGUGAAUGUCACUCCAGUCCCUGAUUUACCUGCCGCCGCCCCCCCCCCAAGAGCAAAGUGUCUUCUGUAUCCUUCCAUGGUUUUGUGCAUAUACAAGGUAUCUUGCUACUAAAUGGGAGUGUGCCCUACCCCCAUCUGCUACUGCGAUUUUAGCCCCCUAGAAAGAAGAUUUUUACCCUUUGGAGUCAUUUGUCCCAGGAGGAUAAAAAGAACGUGAGCGCAAUAAUACCCAAGAAGGCAACCAUUUGGAUCUCUUUGAUUCAAUGGACUGUGUUCUGCUGGCUGUAGUUAACAGACUUGGUUAAAGACUGUGGUUUAUAACUGAAAAGCCUGGGAAACUAUGUUUCCAGCAUAAUGUUAAUAGAACUUGGGACUUUUCUCCAUCUUCCUUUUCCACUGCUCAUUUUCUUUAGAGUGGUUUCCCUUAUAGAAAAAAAGAGCUGCCAACUCUCUUGAAAGAAUAUUUCUUUUGAAGGAGUUGGACAUUUUCUUACUUUGAUACAAUGCUAUUUCUUCAUAGUACAAAAGUAGCACCAUCAACUGCGGUACAUUGUAAAAUUAAGAUAGUAUUGCUCUUCAUCUGACCCUAUGCCAGUUUUCCUCUGCUCCCACUUAUUGCCAAUGAGAAGAUCAUGGUUUGGGCCAAAAUGGGAUGUAUAUAAGCAAAUUACAGUGGUAUACAAGGCUAAUGAUAACAAUAUCCUGGUAAUCUGUUAAUAUGUACUGUUGCUGAAAUUAUUGAUAUAAUAGAACUUUCAUAACCACUUUUUAUAAGUGAUGUGUUCAUAAAUUCUGAACAUCAGAGCCUAGUUGAAAAUAGAUACAAAAAUAUGUAUACUGUGUUUAUCUGCAAUCACUAGCGAGUUGAGGUAUUUUCUCCCAGUAGCAGUAUUUGAGUUAUUUCUUCUCUGUGUAUAUUACUAAAUGUUACUGAAAUUUUUAUCCAUUAUUAAUUUAAGACAAUCAUAUUGAAGUAAGUUGCUUCGCAGUAGUUUAAGAUGUCAUAUUCAUUUCCAUAUUUUUGUGUAUUUCUCAUAUGUUUCUUCACGGAGUUCUUCUAGUGAAGUACUUAGAGCCAUCUUUAUGUGAAGCAUUUUAAAACAGGAUCUGCUGAGACACUCUGGGUUUUCUGCAAGUUCUUCAUUAACUACAGUUACCUCCCAUGAUAGAGGAUAGAAGAGUUCACUGGCAGCCUUCACAUUUUCCAAAGCACCAUCUUUUUAAGUCAUGUCCCAACUUCCAGUAGACUAUAGUAAACAUCUCCCAAAGAUUGCUCUGCAGAACUACCUACUCUCACCAUUUUAAUACCAUUUUUGUUUUCCAUUUGUUUCGUUACAGUGAGAGGAAGUGUGUAUCUUGUGUAGUUUCCCAAGGGCCCCACCCUCAGCUACCAGCACCCAGUGAGCACAUCAUAGGCUGUGUAGUCCAUGCUUCUUACCACAGUGCCACAUUUGUAUGGUUUCUGAGAUCACUGCCAGGAAAGAAUAUUUCUGACUUGGUAUCCUUAACAAGUUUUUGCCUUAGUUGGAUUAGUGUAGAUAACAUAUCUGCUUAAAAUAAGUACUGUUGCCUGAUGAACAGAAUAGCUUACCCUGGGGUCAGUAUGGAGGCUACAUAGGAGGACAUGACUUUCUUAAAAUGCCAUGUUGGACAGGGAAGAUAGACAGCCAAUAAGUGCCUGCUGCAGUUCUGAAUUUUAAAAUGUGUGUGUUCAUAACAUGUGCUGGUAGUUUUCGAAGAAAAACUUGAUUUUAUCGGCCAAAUCCUGAUUGAAAUGGAUGCAGGUUUUAUCCACAAAUCAAUAUAGAAAAGCUGAAGAUCCAAGGUGCUGAAGUCUUCCAAAGAGUAGAUUAGGACCACCUAGAAGGAAAAAAACACUUAUGGAGAUGCAAGGAAUGAGAUGCUUGCAAAGCAUGUGAAGACCUUGGAGUGAGCUGCACUUAAGAUCUACAAUAAGGCUUUUGUUGUCCAUUGGGAUGAUGAUAUUUACUGACCCCAAUAUCUCAGCACUACCCAAACUAACUCAUCUCAUUUGAGAAACUUCUUUUACAAGGCUCAAAACACUAGUAAGCCCCAUAGAAUUCACAGCAUGGAGAGAGUUCCAGAAUCUUGAAGGACAGUAUGGUAUGGAAGGACACCUUCAUUCAGUGUUAUAACUUGCUCCAGGCUGCCCCAAAGGAGGUUGAGGGAAAUUAGUGAAAGCUGUGCACAUUCCAUUUUUUAGAAACUUUACCUCACUAUAAACAGGGGUGAACACUUUUUUUCACUUAACAGUAAAUAAUGGAAAUGUUUUAUAUCAAUAAAUAUGAAUCUAAUUUUUAAAUGAUUUUGUAAUUUCCAUUGUAUGUAAGAGUUUCUGGACAUGUGGGAUGCUUCUGACUUAAUGUCAAGAGAAAUGAACUCAAGCCAACAAGACGUGUUGGUUCAUGACAGGGGUAUAAGGAGAGCACUGGAAGAAAGUCUGAGCAGGCUGGUGCCUCAGGCAGGGGCAAGGACGGUGGAGGCUUUCAGAAGUGGGUCAUGGUCCUCAUUUUCAUCAGCUGUGAGCACCAACCUUGAAAGGUAUUUUCUCUGUACAGAUAUUUAUUGGGUAAAGAGGAAAAUAGUGCUUUGUGUGUUGUAAGUACUGUAGAUAAAUCUGUAAGUUAGCCUUAGCCACUGCCACCAUGGAAUUUAUGAUCAACUGGGGUCAAACUGGAAAAAGUUAAUUACAAAUUGCAGCACACUAUGAAAAACAUAUAAGGCUAGAAAUCUAAAAAAUUGGCUUCCCUGGGACAGUUACUAGUGAAAAUCUAAAUGGCACAUUUAAUCUCCAUACUUUUGAUCUUUAGGUUAGGGGAUACUGCAAUGGUGCUUUCUGGGAAGAUGAGAGCAACAAAUAUUCACAGCAUACAGAAAGACAUCCCACACCAUAUGUAGGCAGAAGUUUCUGUCUUGCUAACAACUCCCAAAUACUCAGAAGCUGCUUCCCAAAUUACCACACAGAGGCUUAUAUAAAUUUAUAAACGUUCGGUUGGUAGCUCAGGCUUAUUACUAACAAUCUCUUACCAUUAAAAUAACCCAUAAUUCUUAACUAUGUUUAGCCACAUGGCUUGGUACCUUGGUACAGAAUUCUCAUCUUGCUUCCUCUGUGUCUGGCUGGUGACUCUCUGACUCUGCCCUCCUUCUUCCCAUCAGUUUGGCUUUCCCACCUAACUUCCUGUCCAGCUACCAGCCAAUCAACAUUUUAUUAAACCAAUUCCAGGGACAAAUCUUUACAGAGUUUCAGGGACAAGGAUAGAAUCUCUAGUUAGUGGAAAAAUACAGACCCCCAUAAGACAGGGAACUAGAUCAUCUUACAGUCAGGUUGCCUAGCAACAGGAUAUUGAGUAGAGUCCUUGACCUUUUCACCCUGUAAACAUCCUAUACAAACAUCCUGUUAGCUUGCCCCACCUUAUGCAGAUGACAGCUUCUUGCUCCCUCCACCCUGCAGGAACUAUAUAAACCCUCUUGGAGAAAAAU